CUUCAAGAUACAGAAGAAUGAAGCAGGAACACGAACAUCUCGUUUUGAAAGCAUGUGGAGCAAAGUCUCUGCAGAUUGGUGCAAAGAUUCAGACUUUAUGGAGCGGUUAUGGUGAAAUAUUAAGAGUCCACUUGGAGGGAUGUGACCGUCCCUCUGUGGUUGUCAAACAUGUGAUGUUUCCCCAAAACCAGAAACAUCCAGGUGGCUGGAACUCAGACAUAUCUCACCAGCGCAAAGUGCGGUCCUAUCAAGUAGAAAGUUAUUGGUACCAAAACUACGCCACCAAUGAACGCUGCAGAGUUCCCAUUUGUCUUGCUGCCAAGUCAUUUGGUGAUGAACAGUUGAUUGUUUUAGAGGACCUUGAUGUUGCAGGAUUCCCUGUGAGAAAAACCUAUGUUAAUGAUGCUGAAAUAAAGGCCUGCCUCAGCUGGAUUGCCAGCUUUCAUGCCCUUUUCCUUGAUGUCGCCCCAGAAGGACUUUGGCCUAUAGGCACAUAUUGGCAUUUAGAAACAAGACCUGAAGAGCUAGAAGCCGUGUCAGAUCAAAAACUCAAAGCAGCUGCUGCUGAGAUAGACAGCGUCCUCAACAACUGCCGCUUUAAGACGAUUCUACAUGGUGAUGCAAAACUAGCAAAUUUCUGCUUCUCCAAGGACGGUUUACAGGUUGCAGCUGUUGAUUUUCAGUAUGUUGGUGGAGGGUGUGGGAUGAAGGAUGUAAUUUACUUGUUGGGCAGCUGCAUGGAUGAGAGAGAGUGUGAAAAGAGAGUGCCUGGCCUUCUGGAUCACUAUUUUUUAGAGCUACGGAAAUCCUUGGACAUGAAGACCAACUUUCAAGACCUGGAGAAAGAAUGGCGAAGCAUGUUCGCUUUCGCUUGGACAGACUUUCAUCGCUUUCUCCUUGGAUGGAUGCCAGGACAUCACAAGAUUAAUAAGUAUAGCAAAAGACUCACUCAGGAGGUUUUGAACAAACUGAAGCAAUCUUAAUCAAUUUGAAACAGAGGAAGAAAGAUAUCAUUUUAUACUAAGAUUACACUGGAGUGUAAAGGUCCUCAUUAGGGCUGAACCGCAAGAUGCUGAUUAUUCCACAACAGUCUUUAUUCUGAAUGUAAUGUAAACACUUGUUUGUGAGAUUAAAAAAAAUACUUAUUUCUAUUUAA